AAAUAGAAACACUUCAGUCUUGAAGCCCUCUUCGUUGUAAUAAUUUUUAAUAAUUAAUUAUUUCGCUGCAAUUUCUUACAUUCUGAUCUAUUUUCUUAAAAUUUUCAAAUCGUUACUGACACUUUUUUCAACUUACUAUGUAUAUUGGAUAAUCAUAUUACAAGUGCUAUAAUGGAGUCAUUAUCAAAACAAGAGUUGAUAUCAACAAUUACAAAACAAGCUGACCAAAUAAAGCGUUACGAAGCACGCCUAAGAGAUGUGGUAGCAGCAUACAAGGGCUUAGCUAAAGAGAAGGAGGCAUUAGAAACAAGUUUAAAGGCAUUGAAUAAGACAGAAAACGAUGAAGUUUCAGCAUCUGACGAUUCCCUUGCGGCUCUCACUCUUUCUCUGUCAACACUCACAGCAGAGAAGUCUAGAAUGGAAGAGGCCUUUCAGGCGGAUAAGAAAGUCACUAGAGAGAAGUAUGAAAAUAUGAUAGCAUCAAUGCGAGAGGAAACUAAAGCAUUGGUGCAGCAACACAUAACAGAAGUAAAUAAUUUAAAAGCUAAAAUCGCAUACGAAAUUCAGGAAAGAGAGAAAGAGAGGGCGAAUCAUUCUGCCAUGCUGAAAGAACUCCACAUGAAAUUAAAUGAUGAGAGGAAGUCAAAAGAAAAACUUGAAGAUAAAGUGGUGCACUCAAAUGAGGCUCAAGCUUCCCAAUCUGAGCUGGAAAAGCGUGUUCGAGAUUUGAGCAGUAGUCUAGAAGCCUCCCAGCGUCGUCUGCAGCGCGCCGAAGCGAGGACGGUGGAAACACCAGCUCUGCUGGUGCGGCUGCAGCAGAAACUGGCUUUGCUGGAACAGUCGCACUCUGUUGCUAUACGUGAGGAACAAAUAAAAGUGAAACGUGCAGAAGAAUCGGCGAGGAAAAUCUGCGCUAGGCAAGAGGAAAGGGUCGCGCUGUUAGAAGGAAAACUGGCAGAAUUGUCUCAAACCAUCGGAGAGUAUGACUUGCAGAGGCGAAGGGACCAACAGAUCAUACAGCAACUGCGUGAUUCCGUUAAUGGCAGGAUUCUGGACAGAAUGUCUAGCAGUCGGAGUAUUGAGGACACGCAGAAAAGCGAAACGGACAACGAAAAGCUAGCAGACACGGAAUACCUGCAAACCCUCAUCGACAAAAUUCACAUCCUCAAAAAGGAACUGAUAGCAGAGAACAAAAAAUUGGGCAAUCCAAUAGACAUAUCAACCAUCCUAAACAUAGACACGUUCGACCAUGUGCACUCCAAAUGUAAGAGGGACUAUGAUAUUUUGAAAAUGGAAUUCGACAGUUAUAAAGAGAGUGUCAAGAAUAGUCUCGGUGGGGAUAGAGAGAGCGAGAUAGCGAGCCUGAAGAGUGAGAUAGUUGUAUUGAAGGAUAAAGCUGAGACGUUCCAAUUGAUGCUCGAACAAGAACAGCAGGACAAGGCUGAUUCGUUGAAGUUGCAAGAGGAGAAAUUAAAAAGCGAACAAGAGUACCACAAAGAGAUAGUCGCCGACCUGCGCGCGCGCAUACAAACGCUCGAGAAGCACGUGCAGACGCAGCGCGAGAGAUACUCCACGCUGCUGGAGGAGACGGAUAACCUCAUCCGCUCGAGGAACGAGAGGUCCCGGAGGGUCAGCUCGGAGGAGGGCUGGAAGGAGGGACAGGCUUUGAAUCAGGACAAAAGCGCACUCCCGCAUAUGCUGCACUAUGCGCACGAGUUGGCGCGGAAAGACCUCGAUAUCACGCAACUGAGGAGGGAGAAACACGUUCUCGAAGGGCAAUAUAGGGAUUGUCAACGCGAAGCGACUAUAGAGAAGGAACGAUUUAAAGAAGUCAUUAGAACUUUGAAGGAAGAAAUAGACAGGUUACGUCGCAUCCAGUCCCGCGAGGGCGCUAACCUGGAGUACCUCAAGAACGUGGUGCUAGCGUACCUCCUGUCCGCGGACUACGCCGGGCGGAAGCACAUGUUGAACGCUAUUGCAGCUGUCCUGCAUUUUACUACUACCGAACGGAAUAUGGUGCUGAAAACGCUGUAGAAAGAGAUGGAAAUAGCAGGAAGAGGCGUGGCUGAAAGAGAUGUCAAUGGGAGGGAGAGACGUGGGUGUAAGAGAUAGAUAUAAAAGGGAGGGGCUUGGGUGAAAGACAUGGAAAUAAGAGAGAGAAGCGUGGGUAGAAGAGAUGGACAGAGAGAAUUAAAUACGGAGAGAACUGAAAAUAUCCAUGGCAUUCCAUAAAGCAUUGGAAGUUUCUUAAAUAUGUUGAAUAGAAAUAUCUAUGCAAUAAUUAGAAGAAGAACCUCAUUAUUUCAGAGGGAGACAGAAGAAAAAAAAGAAAGAAUAAGACCUAUUGUAAAUAUUUAUUUUCUAGAAAGUGUGCUUAAAUUCUAAGCUAUAGUUAGAGAAAGAUGGAGAGAGAAAAAAUACAUGAGUAAAUGUUUUGUACGGAAUAAAAUUUCAAGAUACCAAUGA